AUGGAAGAUCUGGAUGAUGAGUACAAGAAUUACUGGGAGACCACAAUGUUCUUCCAGAAUCAAGAACUCGAAUUUGACAGUUGGCCGAUGGAGGAAGCAUUUUCGGGUUCCGGCGAGUCAAGUUCGCCGGACGGAGCAGAAACAUUGCCGGCGUCUUCUAAGAACGUGGUCUCUGAGAGGAACAGACGGCAAAAGCUUAAUCAGAGACUCUUCGCUCUCCGAUCAGUCGUUCCCAAUAUAAGCAAGGUGUGA